AUGGGGCACUUGGUUAGCACAUGGUGAGUAGUGCUGUUACACAUCCUGCUUUCUCUGAACAUGGAACCUGUCCUGCAUAGCUUUGCCACUAUAGUAAUAGUGGCAGAGUUCAUUUUUGGGAAUCUGAGCAAUGGAUUCAUUGUGCUGUCAAACUUCCUUGUCUGUGUCACUAAACAAAAGCUUUCCUCAAUGGAUAAAAUACUUCUUACAUUGGCAAUUUCAAGAAUUACUGUUAUCUGGGAAAUAUAUAUUUGGUUUAACAUUAUAUGUGAUCCAUCUUUAUUUAUGAUUGGAAUAGAAUUACAAAUUCUUUAUUAUAGCUGGAUGCUUUCCAGCCACUUCAGCCUCUGGCUUGCCACAGCCCUCAGCAUUUUUUAUUUACUCAGAAUAGCUAACUUCUCCUGGCGGAUCUUUCUCUACUUGAAAUGGAGACUUAAUCAACUGAUUGUGGGGGUGCUGCUGGGAAGCUUGGCCUUCUUGCUUGUAAAUCUGAUGAAAGCUGGCAUCAUUCUUGAAGAGAGUUUCCAUCAUUAUGGAGGAAAUACAACUGUGAAUUCCUUGGGAUUUCCUCUGUUUUCAGAGCUGACCUUAUUCAACAUGACUAUGUUCUCUGUAAUACCAUUUUCUUUGGCUUUGGUAUCCUUUCUCCUGCUAAUAUUCUCCUUGUGGAAACAUCUCCAGAAGAUGCAGCUCAAUUCCAGAGGACAUGGAGACCCCAGUACCAAAGCCCACAGGAAUGCCAUGAAAAUUAUAGUUUCCUUUCUCCUGCUUUAUGCUACUUACUUUCUGUCCCUUCUGAUAGCAUGGAUUACUGAGAAACAUCACAGUGAACUGGUUCCCAUUAUUUGUAUGAUUACUGCACUCAUGUAUCCUUCAAUACAUUCAUUAAUCUUGAUUCUCGGAAACUGUAAAUUAAAGCAGACUUUUCUUUUGAUGCUGAGGCAUUUGGGAUAUAGGCUGAAAGGACAGAAUACCCCAACUACAUAA